CAAAACCCCCCACACCGUCCCCUCUUUCUCUCUCUCUCAAAUUCUCUCUCUCACACUCGCUCCCUUGAGAGAGAGACGGCAAGAACUCCCAAUACCUCCUAUGAGAAAAUUCUACCUCUGAUUUUCUCGGUGUCCAAGCAGAAAAUGUCUCACGCGGUUUUCCAUACGGCGCAAUUUAUGCCCAUAAAGACCUUGGCUUCGAAGCCCAAGGUGGGGCCUUUUUUACCGGUUGUGCAUCCGGUGGCCGAUAAGAUGUGCCGGAGGGGACUGGUGCUGAGGGCCUCCGCUUCGUCGUCCUCGGCCCAGGUGGGUGGGGACUCCGUUGGUCUGUUGGAGCGCUGCUUUGUAGCGCCACCGACACCUGGCGGUUCCGAUUCUGCUUCGGCGGUGAUGGUUGCUCCGGUUAUGAAGGGGCAGUACGGUGCGUUAGGUUCGGUUACUCUGGAGAAGGGCAAGCUCGAUAUGUCUCAGAAGCAAUCCCAGUCUAGCCCCGAGACUGCAAUUGGGGGAGGUGGUGGAGAUAUUGGAAAGAAAAUAAAUCAUGGUGGUGGUGAUGGUGGUGAUGACGAUGGCGACGACGACGAUUACUUUGACGACUUCGAUGACGGCGAUGAAGGAGAUGAGGGAGGCCUAUUUAGGAGAAGGAAAUUUAUUGAGGAGCUUUUUGAUCGUAAAUUUGUGGAUGCGGUGUUACAUGAGUGGCAGCGGACAAUGAUGGAUUUGCCUGCUGGAUUCCGCCAAGCUUAUGAAAUGGGUCUGGUCAGCUCUGCUCAAAUGGUAAGAUUCCUAGCAAUCAAUGCCAGGCCGACUAAUACUAGGUUCAUUUCUCGAGCACUUCCUGAAGGGAUAUCAAGGGCAUUUAUUGGCAGGAUGAUUGCAGAUCCUGCCUUCUUAUAUAAGCUUCUUUUAGAGGAGGCUGCUACAAUUGGUUGUUCAGUUUGGUGGGAGUUGAAGAAUCGCAAGGAUAGGAUAAAGCAAGAAUGGGAUCUGGCACUUAUUAAUGUGCUCACAGUAGCAACCUGCAAUGCCAUUGUUGUUUGGUCACUUGCUCCUUGUCGCUCAUAUGGUAACACAUUCCAAUUCGAUUUGCAAAAUACAUUGCAGAAGCUCCCAAACAAUAUAUUUGAAAAGAGUUACCCACUUCGGGAAUUUGAUUUGCAAAAGAGAUUUCAUUCGUUCUUCUACAAGGCUGCGGAGUUGUGUAUGGUUGGGUUAAGUGCUGGAGCAGUACAAGGUGCAUUGUCAAACGUUUUGGCUAGUAAAAAGGAGGGAAGGUUAUCUGUGACAAUUCCAUCUGUGAGCUCUAAUGCGCUUGGUUAUGGUGCAUUUCUCGGUCUUUAUGCAAACCUCAGAUAUCAGCUGAUAUGUGGAUUUGAUAGAUCAAUGGCCAACCAUUUUGAUGUCAUCGCAGUGGCACUGUUCUUUAGCACAGCUUUGAGGAUUUUGAAUGUUCAAUUAGGAGAGAGAUCAAGGGUGGCUUGGCUAGGGGUAGAGGCAGACCCACUGGUUGAUUCAGACAGCCUCUUGAAGGUUUACAGCAGGCCUCCGGAGGACGUUGAUGAGGCAUCUUCGAAAUGGUUUAUAUCAAAGAAGGCAGUUAUUUCCGGGCUUGGGCUCCUUGGCAUCAAACAGGGAACUGUUGACUCAGUUUCUGACGGGCAACCAUUGUCGGUGCCUAAGGCUCGGAGAAAGAGGAUUGUCCGGAAGAAGGUGACUACAGGAUGAACAUAAUAUAGUUUUGUUGAUGCCAUGAGAGUCACAGUCCAAUUUUGCCGGCGAACUUGCUCCACAAAGUAAGAGCUGCAAGGAGGAGGUAGUGUCCCAUUAAUGAUUCCAUGACUGCUUCAGCCAUGAGGGGCAGCUAAAACGAACAAAAUUAAUGAACUAGAACUAGAAUAAUAUGUUUUUCGGGGGAGGACUUCUUGAUUUUUCUUUUGUCCCUUAAAACAACACUUGGACAUAUAAUAUCUUAUUCAACUUCUUCUCUGUCUGA